CUGCUCCAGAGUGCUGCGCCCCAGAUGCUGGUCCGGUAUACAACUUGGAAGCAAAGCGGAAAGGUCUCAGAGUAUGUUAUAUAGCCCACUGUGACAUCAGAGCUGCGACGCCCCCGUCCUAUCAGCCGCGGUGACCGCUGGGAUUUGUAGUAGCAGACUAUACUGGGGUACAAAAUGGCAGAUGACGCUGAACAACAUAGUGGCGUCCAGCAACGUACAAAUGGUCCAAUAUUCAGCAAACAAAUGGUCCAACACCUACAAAGUGCAGAUCUUACAGAUUACAAGGUCGUGCCACAUCAUCUAAAUUUAAUUUAGGUCCAGACUAGGCCACUGUAAAUUUACUCUCCUCAUGGAGGGGAGGGUGUGCUCGGGGGCACGGCGUGGUCCCGUGACUUCCGCCACGUAGCCUGUGACAGCUCAGAGGGGACUUGAGGUGCACGGAUGGCCUGGGGGUCUCUGACGGCGCCAUAGGGGGACAAAACCAGGGGGUGAGGUGUUGUCUGUGUGGGUGCUCGGGCCACAUCCAGGAGUGAUGGGCCCACGUCUGGUGGUCUAUGACUCCCAGAGGCUUGUUGGGCUGAUUGAGGGUUGCACUGGGCUCGGCUUGGUAUCCCUCUUUCUAGACCUUUCUGGGACUGUCCCCCCAGAGUAUAAUACAAUGUGCCCUUAAUACCUUUUCCCUCCAGGUUCCAACAGCUGCGGUGAGUUGGUGCCUGCCUCACAUGUAGGGGGCUCUGGGGGUGUCUACCUCUGCUGAGCGGGUGGUCUUGCUGCUAGGGGUUGGUGCUGUUCUUGGGCCACUGGGGGGACCGGCUCCCAGGCUUGGCCUGCCUGGCUAGGGGUGGCAAUAUGGCUCCAUGCCCUGCGUCUCGCGCUGUGCCUCUUUGACCUGGGGUGAUGCGUUAUGUUUGGCUGCCUGGGACUGCUGCUGCUUUCGGAGCUGGGUCUACCUGCCCUUUGCUGCUCUUUGGUGCGGUGGAUUACAGGCCUUCUACCGUUCUCACCAAACUUACAACGUCCAGGUGACAAGCUUGCGCUCACACACACCCACUCAACAAAAACACCCUUAUUUCUGCACGUAUGCUCACCCACCCACGUACCAACACACAGUUACUCAAAUGGUUGAUGGUCAUGCUAACACAGGUUACUAUGACAUUAAUGAGGCCUGUCUACGCUGAUGCUGGAUUGAAUCCGGAUUAAUAAAGUUAAUAUGUAUACUGUUUUAAGAUAUCUUGUUUUGUAGAGCAAAACUACCCUGGCAAACGAAGCCAACCAUCUGCUCCAUAUGGUAUGCCUAAAAAGCAACAACAGGACACAUGACCUUUUUUCCCCUGAGCUUCUGAGAGUUGGACUUGCUAGAAAUGUUUCUCAUGGGCCAAGUUGGUUUAGACUUCAUAAAUACCAUAAUUAUUUGAAACUGCUUUUUUUCUAUCUUUGCCUGAUACCAGAAUUUAUGUGAUGAUCUUAAACAUUUGUGACAAAAAAGAAAACUGAAGAAAUCUGGAAGAACCUUUUUUGUCGUUUCUGGUGUUUGUAUACAGUAUUUAAUAGGACUGUAAUGGGAUUUUGAAACAUGGAACCUGAUGAAGUUAAAUGUCUAUAUUUCUCAACAAAGCCAAGUCUGUUUCGUGAAGUGCUAUUUUGUACUCUUAUGUUGAAGUAUGAAAGGAACAUCUUAUCAGUAAAUAAAUAAAACAAAUGAAGCCUCACUCCAAGCUCGCCUCAAACAAUUGGCGACUCUAUAAUUUUGUUGUUUUUGGGUACAUAAUUUGGUUUUCAUGGAUCAGUGAUAAGGGUAACUGUACUGUUGGUGAAAAAAUAUUUCUAUUUCAUGAAAAAAAAGUUGCAGAUUUAAUUAGUGAGAGAUUUUUUCUUCUAAUUGGCAGCUCUGGCUUCGGUAUUAGGUAUACAACUCUUUGGAUAUAGUUACAGUAACUGAAACAAUUAAAAACAGAUACCAAGGCCAUAUUUUGACAUAGCGAAGCACUUCAAUCAAAAACUGACAUAUUCUGACAAAAUGCCCCUAUGUCUCUGUUGGUGAAAAAUAAAACAAAAUAAAACAUUCAUCAUUCAUCAACAUCAGCCUUUACAUCCCAAAGGACUCAGGCAUUUCAGUUUGAAUGUUUUAGUUUUAUGUGUAAACCUGUUUUUGCAUGAAAGAGGAAGUUCACACACAGGACCAGAGAAGCACCUGACUCAAGCUUUAGCACAGAAGGUUUUCCCUCCUGGUUGGGGUGGAUGUGCGACGGUGUCUGUGUGAAUUGAUGCUGAACUGGAAAUGGUUGGAGAAAUGCGAAUUGUUUGGAGGACAUCUCUAGCUGUUGUCAUUACUUUCCUACAAAUCCAAGCUCUGGUCUGUGACAAACCCACAGUUGUUUCUGGCACUGAGGGUCAGACGUUUGACUUCAGAUGUGAAUAUCCAAACAACUGGAACAAUAAAUCAAAGUACUUCUGCUGUUUUGACAUUAAGAAGUCCUUUGCUCGGCUCGUUCGAACUUCGAACCACAACGAGUGGACAACAGCAGGACCUGUCUCUCUUUACGACAAUGCUACAGCAAGCUUUUUCAUUGUCAGGGUGGAUAAACUCUCUUUAAACGACAGCGGGAUGUACUGGUGGGGUGCUGAUGGCAGUGAUCACAUCAAAAUGAUAGAUCUGAACGUCUCGCGAGUGAAUAAAAUUCCUGCCUCCACCAUGGAUGUAGCAGUUCCCAAGGUCACCCUGCAGCUGUUCCUGACUGUGAUAUUGUGCAUAGGGGCCAUGAUGUUUGUGUGUCUGUUCACAAUAUGCCUUCUUCUGGCUGCGAAGAAGAGAAGAUCUACCCCACAACAGAGAAGAGAGGCAUCAUCUGACUAUGAGACAAUGAUGCCCACUGCGAGAGCUGCAGAACCCCGCUGCAGGCAUUCACAUCCAGACUGUGCCGAUCUCUCAGCUUUACAUCGGCCACCUUCUGACCUCUACUCCUGCUUCACAGAGGAGCACCAGGAGUCUAUCAUCUCUUGCAGCCUCAGUGAAUACGUUGAUGUAGACGUACCGGGACGCCUCUGCCAAUGCCGCCAUUUGGAUCAGAGCCGGCUGGAAGACCAUGUUUAUCACAGUCCUCACGGAAGCAGCAGCCCCAAACAACGAGCUCCGAAAGAGCUGAUUUUCCACUCCAGGAAAGUGUGAUGCAACUGGGCAUGGGCUGGUUAUUGGUAUUAAUAGUAUCAGUUUAAAGUGGCUAUAAUAAGAAACAAGGAAAAGCACAGAAGUGACUGGAGUUCUCUCUGACUGUAUUGAACAUAAUGUAACACAGUCCUGUCCAUCCCCCACCUAUAGCUGCACAGUGCCGGUCAGCUAGCUUAUAUUUUGUCUCAAAUAAAGACUGCAUGGCAGAACUGCAAAAUGGUUUAUUAUUUGACACAAUAAGCACUUAAAAUCUACUAACUUUAACCCGGAUUUAUUUUAUAGUUAAGCUUCACACAAAGUAACAAGAAAUACAAAUAAAUAACUGUAAAUAUGUAAGUUAGCUGCAGUUUGCUUUUUCUUUUUAAUAAAGGCAACCAUAUAGUGUCUUACAAUUUUUUUCCAUAUUUUUUAUGUUUCACAACAUGUAACCAUGUUGUAAAAGUGAGGUAUUUUUAGGCAACAUUAUCAUUCAAUCAGAAUCUCAUACCCGCCAGACCCUACAUGCAGCAGAUGAAUGAUUAGCGACUGUGAACUUGUUGCAAUGUAUGCAUUUCCUUC